UAAAAAGCUUUCAUCAUGUCUCAAUUGCUUACGCAUUUGAAUUUUCUCUUGCUCCUCUUACUCUCAUGUGUCUUCCCUUCAAGCUUCCUAGCUUUUAAUUACCCUCUUGUUGGUCUUGUUGCUUGUGGUCCCCACCAGAUUCAUGCCUUUACGCAGUUCAAGAACGAGUUUGAUACUCGAGCUUGCAAUCAUAAUGAAUCCUUGAAUGGGGUAUGGUGCGAUAACUCCACAGGCGCGAUAUCGAAGCUACGACUAAGGGCCUGUCUCAGUGGAACUCUGAAAUCUAACAGUAGACUGUUCCAGUUUCAUCAGCUCCGUUACCUUGAUCUCUCUCACAACAACUUCACAGCCUCUUCAAUCCCUUCCAACUUUGGAAUGCUCAACAAAUUAGAGGUUUUGCUUCUUUCCUAUAAUUGCUUCUUCGGCCAAGUUCCUUCCUCAUUUAGUAACCUAAGCAUGCUUUCCGUCUUAGGUAUUUCCGAUAAUGAGCUCACUGGUAGUUUCUCAUUUAUGCGGAAACUACACAAGCUCACAACGUUAGAUGUUUCUUAUAACCACUUUUCUGGAACUCUAAAUCCCAACAGUAGCCUUUUUGAAUUGCACCACCUCACUUACCUCGUUCUCGCUUCCAACAACUUCACCUCAUCUUCAUUGCCUUAUGAAUUUGGUAAUCUCAACAAACUAGAGUUCUUGGAUAUUACCUCUAAUAGCUUCUUUGGUCAAGUUCCUCCCACAAUUAGUAACCUAACCCAGUUAACCGAGUUGCACCUUCUCUCGAACGACCUCACUGGUAGUCUCCCUCUUGUACAAAACCUAACCAAACUGUCUAUUCUAAGACUUUAUGAUAAUCACUUCUCUGGAAUCAUCCCUCCUUCUCUCUUCACGAUGCCUUUCUUAUCAUGUCUUGAUUUAAGUGUAAACAAUCUUAGCGGUUCUAUUGAAGUUUCGAACUUCUCUUCUUUGUCAAGGCUAGAGAAUUUGUACCUAGGUAAAAACCAUUUUGAAGGAAAAAUCUUAGAGCCUAUUUCAAAGCUUGUUAACCUCAAAGUACUAGACCUUUCCUUCUUAAAAACAAGCUAUCCAAUUGACUUAGGUCUCUUAUCCUCUCUCAAAUCUUUGUUGCUCCUUGAUAUUUCUGGUGAUUGGAUAUCUCAGGCUAGUUUAAGUUUGGAUUCAUACAUCCCAUCGACACUAGAAGCGUUGCGUUUGACGGACUGCAACAUCAAUGAAUUCCCAAACAUCUUAAAGACCCUUCGUAAUUUGGAGUAUAUUGCCCUAUCCAACAAUAGAAUUAGUGGGAAAAUUCCAGAGUGGUUAUGGAGCCUUCCUCGUCUAAGCUCAGUUUUCAUCACAAAUAAUUCGCUAACUGGCUUCGAAGGUUCGUCACAAGUUUUGGUAAAUUCAUCGGUGAAAACCUUAGGUUUGGAUGGAAACAAAUUAGAAGGAGCACUUCCGCAUCCACCACUCUCUAUCAACUACUUCUCUGCGGCAAGCAAUAGAUUUGGAGGUGACAUACCUCUUUCAAUCUGCAACAGAAGUUCGCUUGUUAUCCUUAUUCUAAGCUACAACAACUUCACUGGUCCAGUUCCUACAUGUGUGAAUAACUUCUUGAUUUUGAAUCUCCGAAAUAACAGUUUGGAAGGAACUAUUCCUGACAAGUUUUAUGCGGAUACACCUCUAGGUUCACUCGACAUUGGCUACAAUCGAUUAACCGGAAAGCUUCCAAGGUCUCUUCUAAAUUGCUCAGCUCUGCAGUUUCUUAGUGCGGACCACAACGGAAUCAACGAUACAUUUCCUUUCUUCCUUAAGGCUUUACCGAAACUGCAAGUCCUUAUCCUCCGUUCAAACAACUUCUAUGGUCCAAUAUCUCAUCUUAAUAAAGGUCCUCUGGGAUUUCCUGAGCUGCGGAUAUUUGAGAUAGCUAGUAAUAAAUUCACUGGAAGCUUGCCCCCAGAUUUUUUUGUGAAUUGGAAAGCAUCAUCACUCACAAUGAAUGAAAAUAAGGGUCCAUAUAUGGUAUAUCAGAAGGAUGUUUACGGGUACUAUUACGUCUCCUUUUUGGACAAAAUAGAUUUACAAUAUAAAGGUCUAUCAAUGGAGCAAGAGAGAGUCCUUACUUUCUCAGCCACCAUUGAUUUUUCUGGAAACAGAUUUGAAGGAGAAAUUCCUGAAUCUAUCGGUCUCUUAAAGGCUCUGAUAGCACUCAACUUAUCGAACAACGCCUUCACAGGCCAUAUUCCUCUGUCUUUGUCCAAUCUUAUGAAGAUCGAGUCACUAGACCUAUCAUGUAACCAACUCUCAGGGACUAUUCCUAAUGGACUAGGGACUCUCUCGUUUUUGGCGUACAUCAACGUUUCUCACAAUCAACUCAAUGGUGAGAUACCACAAGGAACACAAAUAACUGGGCAACCUAAAUCGUCCUUCGAAGGAAAUGCAAGGCUUUGUGGUUUACCUCUUGAAGAACGUUGCUUCGUGACUAACACGCCACCAUCACAACAGCCUAAAGAAAAAGAAGAAGAUGAAGAAGAGGAACUAGUGCUGAAUUGGAAAGACGUGGCAAUAGGGUAUGGAAUCGGAAUGUUACUUGGAUUGGCAAUAGCACAACUCAUUGCUUCAUACAAGCCGAAGUGGCUCAUUUGUCUGAUUAAGUGUGGAAACCGUUAAGAUUUUCUUUUGGUUUUGAGUUUGAAUUUUGCCAAGCUGUUGUUGGUAUUUUAUUGAAGCAUUUCCUUACGUGAAUUUGUUGUAUCUUUAUCUGAUGUUUUUGUUAUAUUUUGUUUUCUAAUAAAGUAAGUAUGUGAAUU